GGAGGUGGAGAAGAAAUUAAUAGGGGUGUAGUAAGUGGCGGCCCGUCUUUUGUCUGGGCUCAUUAGCAAGUCACUGGAUCUCCACCAAGAACCAGUGUUAGUGUGUGGAAUCCUAAAGUGCUACAUGGCACUUUUAAUCACGGCUUAUUUGCAAGUAAAAUCAUGAACCAAAUCAAAGUUCAAACCAAACACGCUCUGAGGAAACGAAAAAUGGCCUGCAACGACGAUAAAACGACACUGCCACGUGGCUGUUAAGGAAUUCUCUUACGUAAUGGUCUCAAAAAAGAAGUAGAGAGAAAAAAUGUCCACACAAACAAUACCAGUUGCACUCUCUGCUCGAGCACGCGACGAAAAUUCAGGCUAAGGCUUCCAAACACCUCAUACAGAUAAGGUGUUUGCGAAAUAUCCCGAAUUAAUCUCAUUCAGGAUUCCACCAAAGGAAAGAGUGCUGUUUGGGGAUGAGCAUUGAGGCUAAAGUGAUUUCUUCAGCCUAGUGAUUUUGGGACUGCAACUGCAUGAGUUGGAUAAAUAAGAGGAGGAUUGGUAGCUUGAAGUUCUACAGGCUGCAACACCUAUGGCUAUUGCUGCGGCCUCCCUCACUUUCCAUUUUGGCAAAUUCCCCAUUCGUCAAACUAAUUCAUUUUCAAUACAACAUCGUAUCCCUUCUGGCCGAGGAUUCAAUCUCUAUUACCCUCGUGCCUCUCACAGAUUCGCGCGUUUUGGUUUCAAGUGUUCGUUGACAGAUACUGAUGUGCAUUUGGAUCAUGUGACCACCGAUGAAGAUGAGGGUCAGGGAAGAGGGGUGGUUGAACCUCUCUGUCCGGUGCCAUUUGUUAACCUCAAAACUGAUAUUCUUGAGACCGAGUCUUUGAACUUGCUAGCUGAAGCCACAUUUGUAGAUACUCUCUUGACAACAUUGCCGGUUUUGUCCGAGGAGGAGCAACAUGCCCUUUCUGCUACCCCAGCUCACCAGGUUGGAUUACACGCUUUCUAUGCUAGUUGCAUAGCUGCAAAUGUAGUGGAGCAGCUUUGGAAUUUUGCUUGGCCUUCUGCUAUUGCCUUGAUUCAUCCGAGCCUUUUGCCGGUUGCUGUGAUGGGUUUCUUCACCAAAGUGACUAUAAUUGUUGGUGGUCCCUUGGUUGGCAGAGUUAUGGAUCAUUUUCCAAGAAUGUAUGCAUAUAAUUGCUUAACAGUCGUUCAGGCAGCAGCUCAGUUACUAUCUUCGGCAAUGAUUAUUCACGCCCAUUCUGUGCGACAUACUUCGUUGUCUAGUCUGCUUCUACGUCCUUGGUUUUUCAUAUUGGUUUCAGCUGGGGCUAUAGAGAGGCUGUGUGGUGUAGCUUUGGGAGUUGCAAAUGAGCGUGACUGGGUUGUGUUGCUGGCAGGAGUGAAUAGGCCUAUUGCACUUGCACAGGCAAAUGCUGUUCUAAAUCGAAUUGAUCUCCUGUGUGAGAUAGCUGGGGCAUUGCUCUUUGGAUUCCUUCUAUCUAAAUUUCAUCCCGUAAUCUGCUUAAAAGUUGCUUCUGGCUUAAUGAUGGGGCUUCUGCCAGUUACAAUUAUUUUCACUUAUUUAACCAACAAACUUUCUACCGGUGUUCUUGAUAGACCAAAACCUUCACAAACCUGUUGCAGAACAUUUAUUGAAGACUCUGGAACAGAUGCUAAGAGUAUAGUUUUCAAAGGUCUGGAAGCAAUCAAGCUUGGCUGGAAGGAGUACCUGGGUCAACCUGUUCUUCCUGCAAGUCUUGCAUGGGUGCUCCUCUACUUUAAUGUUGUUCUCACGCCAGGCAGUUUGUUGACAGCAUUUUUAACACAGCGUGGCUUACAUCCAUCUAUCAUAGGAGGGUUCAGUGGAAUGUGUGCUGUCAUGGGUGUUGCUGCAACAUUUGUGUCUUCAACUCUGGUCGAACAAUUUGGCAUUUUAAAGGCUGGGGCAGUUGGACUGGUAUUUCAAGCUUUACUUCUGAGCAUGGCUGUUGCUGUAUACUUGAGUGGAUCGAUUUCUUAUCAGAGUCCUCUUCUUACUUUCUUAUUUCUGAUUAUUUUAUCACGGUUAGGACACAUGUCAUAUGAUGUUGUAGGGGCACAGAUUAUCCAGACAGGAAUCCCAUCAUCCAAAGCAAAUCUCAUUGGAACGACAGAGAUUGCUGUUGCUAGUUUGGCGGAGUCCAUAAUGCUGGGUGUUGCAAUAAUUGCAAAUGAUCCUUCUCAUUUUGGAUGCUUGGCCUUGUUGUCUCUUCUAUCAGUUAUUGGUGCAGCAUGGAUGUUUUGUAGAUGGCUGUUGAAUCCAACAGAUGAACAAAAGAACCUCUUUUCUUAUGAUCCUCAGUUUGAAAAAUAUUUGUUUCAUUAAAUGCCUUAAUUUCUACGGGGACAGGAAUCAAAAUAUAGCCUGGUGGGUAUUAUCCACUUAAUACAUGGAAGUUUUUAUUCUCACCUUGCCAGUGAUAUUCAUUGUAUGAACUAAUAGUUGAUUUUGCCUGUAGUUCUGUAAAUGUGUAAAACAUUCCAUUAGUGUACAUGAGAAAUUUAAUUAGUUAGGUGCCAUAGUUUCAACACUAAAAAA